CUUUCUUUACUCUCUUUCUUCAAAUUCUUUCAUCCGAUUUUCCAAAUUCUUUUAUCUGCUUCCUUUUCAUUGUGAAGGAGAGAAGAAAUGAGGCAGGAAACAGUUUGUGUAACAGGUGCAGGAGGAUUCAUUGCCUCUUGGCUUGUUAAAAGUUUGUUGACCAAAGGUUAUACUGUUAAAGGAGCAGUACGUAACCCUGAUGAUGGCAAGUAUAAACAUCUGAUGGAGUUGGAAGGAGGCAAAGAUAGGCUGCAACUUGUGAAGGCUGAUAUUCUUGAUUACCAAAGCAUGAUUGAAGCUAUUAGAGGAUGUGAUGGUGUGUUUCACAUGGCCUGCCUUCUCACAGAUGACCCUGAACAAGUGAUAGAACCAGCUGUGAAAGGAACUGCAAAUGUGUUGGACGCUUGCGCAGAAUGGGGAGUAAAGCGCCUAGUCAUGACCUCUUCAGUGGGUACGAUUUACAUGGACCCCAACAGAGAUACACACGUUGUGGUUGAUGAAAACUGUUGGAGUGAUUUGGAUUACUGCGUUCAAACAAAGAACUGGUACUGCUAUGCCAAAACAGUGGCAGAAAAAGCUGCAUGGAAGAUGGCCGAGGAGAGGAAUUUGGAUAUGGUGGUAGUGAACCCCUCUUUGGUUUUAGGUCCUUUGCUGCAGACCUCCAUGAACGCCAGUACUGCUCAUAUUAUGAAAUAUUUAACAGGUUCAGCCAAAACAUAUGCAAACUUAACCCAGGCAUAUGUGGAUGUGAGAGAUGUAGCAGAAGCUCAUAUAUUAGUGUAUGAAACACCAUCUGCUUGUGGGCGUUAUCUGUGUGCAGAAAGCAAUAUGCACCGUGGAGAAUUGGUGGAUCUCUUGGCCCAAUUGUUCCCCCAAUAUCCUCUUCCUCAAAUGUGUUCUGACCAGAAAAAUCCAAGGAAACAGGCUUACAAAUUCUCUAAUGAAAAGAUGAGAAAACUUGGGCUUUCAUUUACACCAAUGAAAGAAUGUCUGGGUGAUACAGUUGCCAGCCUGCAGGAAAAGGGCUUUCUUCAUUAGCUUUGCUCUUGAAUUCAGACCCACUUUGCUUAAUUAAGAUCAAUUGGUUUCAAUUUCUGGAAUGGUAGAAAAGUUUCAAACUACCGCACCAGAAAUAUACUUCCUUCUUCAAGUGGAAGUUUAGUCAUGAAAACGGAUGGGGAUAUCUCCACUUUCAAAGUUGUAAAACGUAACAGACGAAAUGACAAGUCUGCUGCUUCAGGUCAUGGUUACCACAAAUGUAGAUUUUCAAUUCAUAAUUUUUUUUUAAAUAAAAUUUGAGCAGAACUGUUUGCACAAUC